AUGGACGAAGUAAUCUAUACUCUCGAUCCGGAAGGAGACAUUGUCCUGGUUCUGGAUAAUGUUUCUGAGAAUCUCCCAGGGAACCUGUCGGAUAUUGAUGAUUCCACACUUGCUGGGUUUCCAUCCAUGCACCCUGAACCACUACCUGAAUCUCCAGAGGAUAUCAUAAACCCAGGAGAAGAACCACCACCCGAACCCCCUGAGGAUGUCGGUAGCUUAGAAGACGAGAACAGGACUGUCGAGGUCCCCUAUCGUGAGGAUACGGACCAAUCUCUCGAUCCCCUCCAAGACCACCAACAUGUCGAGAAAUGCCUCCAGAUCCGUGCAUCCUCUAAACACCUCACGCUCGCUUGUCCACAGUUCAAACGUACACUACAACAUGGGUUUCAGGAAGGAAAUGAGCUUAAGUCUAAGGGCUAUCUGAGAAUACCCGUGCAAGACUGGCCGCCUUUGCCAUUUCUGAUCUUGACAAUGAUAAUCCACGGGCGAACACGGACAGUACCACGAAAGGUAUCUCUAGAAAGACUUGCGGAGAUAGCUAUAAUAAUGGAUUACUACGAAUGCUAUGAAGCAGUGGAAGUGUUUUCAGAUAUGUGGAUUAACGCCCUAGCCGAGAGACCCUUGGAAUCGGUAUCCGAUGCAGAGAAAUGGCUGUUCAUAUCCUGGGUUUUCCAACAAGAUACGAUUUUUGAGAGGUCAUCUAAGUAUCUACAGCUCAGAUACACAACGACUAUGGCGACCAUCCCAUUCCCAAUCCCCUCCAGUGUGCGAGGUCAGUCCACAUCGAUGCCUACUAUACUUUUCCUAUAA